AAAGCCUUUCCUUAAAGCUGGCACACCUUGCUGUGCCUCACCUGUCUCUUCCAGUCCCCUGACUGGCCAGCUCCAUCUGAAACCAGAGUGACCGGAGGAGGGACAAGAAAAAUAACGAAGUCCUUGGAAAUACUGCACCACUGCCGCUGUGCUCCGUGCAUCCUCUGUGGGCCUAACAGAGGAGGUUGGCCCUGUGGCCAUGGGAGAGAAGGGUCACCUGAGCCGGGUGUUGUUGGAAUGCAGUCUCAGUGACAAGCUGUGUGUUGUCCGAGAGAAACAGUAUGAAGUAAUCAUUGUUCCUGCUCUCCUGGUUGGUGGCUUUCUUAUCCUUCUUGCAAUCAUUCUGUGGCUUUUUAUCAGAGGACAGAGAUCCCAAAGGCAGCGCCCUGGACCCCGAGGCACUGCCUCUGUACCUGCAUCUAGGGGCAGAAGCCAGGAGGCAGCAGGGCACAGAGAAAAAGUACUUCUGCCUCUUAAGGAGACCUCAGUGGAGGGCUUUCUACGAGCGGCCACACCCUGCCUGGCUAAGCUACAGGUGCCCAGGGAACAACUCUUGGAGGUUCUGGAGCAGAUCCACAAUGGUAGUUGUGGGACCCUCUAUCAUGCAACAAUGACCACCAAGGAUCAUCCUAACCCCAAAAGUGUGGUCCUUAAGGCUUUAGAAGAUCCAGUUGGACUCCAGGAGGUCCAGGAUUUUAUAGGACGAAUCCAAUUCUAUCAGUACCUGGGGAAACACAAGAACCUGGUACAGCUGGAGGGCUGCUGUACAGAAAGGCUGCCACUCUAUAUGAUGCUGGAGGAUGUGGUCCCAGGGGACCUGCUCAGCUUUCUUUGGACCUGUCGCAGGGAUGUGAUGACCAUGGAUGGCCUGCUCUAUGAUCUCACGGAAAAACAAAUAUAUCACAUUGGAAAGCAGAUCCUUUUGGCCCUGGAAUUCCUGCAGGAGAAGCAUCUGUUUCAUGGGGAUGUGGCUGCCAGGAACAUCCUGAUCCAAAGUGACCUGACUCCCAAACUUUGUCAUCUGGGCCUGGCUUAUGAAGUUCAUGCCCAUGGGGCCAUCUCCUCUGCUCGAUCCAGCACCAUCCCUCUCAAGUGGCUUGCUCCAGAAAGGCUUCUCCUGAAACCUGCAAGCAUCAGGGGAGAUAUUUGGUCCUUUGGGAUCCUGCUUUAUGAGAUGGUGACUCUAGGGGCACCACCAUACCCUGAAGUCCCUCCCACCAGCAUCCUACAGUAUCUUCAGAGAAAUAAAAUCAUGAAGAGACCGAGCAGCUGCUCACAUGCCAUGUACAACAUCAUGAAGUGCUGUUGGCGCUGGAGUGAGGACAGCCGCCCCUUACUUGGUCAGCUGCUCCAGCGCCUAGAAGCUGCCUCUAGAUCUGCCAAUGACAAGGCUGUGUUGCAAGUGCCAGAGUUGGUGGUGCCUGAACUGUAUGCAGAUGUGGCUGGCAUCAGGGCCGAAAGCAUUUCCUAUAGCUUCAGUGUCCUUUGAAGAUGGUCCCAGACAAGUGACUAUAUAUGGGUAGAAUGAGUUCCUUCAAGAACAGAGAGAAGGAACUUUCUGUGGCCCACCAAGGGAGAAAAAAGGACAUGGAUCUUGCAUCUUUCCCUAAACAUUUUCCUAGAGAUAUGAAAUGCUGCUGGAUGAAGCUCUACCUCUACAUACCAUGUACUCUUGAGCUAAGAAUAACCAUCAAUUGUAUUUUGCUUUCCAGUCCCAAGGGCUGAAGUAUAAGUGGUGGACCAUGUCAUUCUAAAGGAGGUUUUUAAAAUCUGCAACGAUUGUAAGGGAAUUGGGGAAAAGGUCUGGUCCCACUCAC